AUGUUGAGACGCGUCGCUUUUUUUCCAUCAGGCGGCGGCGCGGGUUUUCUGUGUGUGCUUUUUGCUGGGUUCCUCACGAUCCACUGCGGGCCGUACACUCAUAUUGUUGUCACGGGCAGCCUUUUCAUCACAGCGUAUCUGCCCCCCAUUGACGCGGACAAUGACCUCCACGUGGUCCCCACCGGCACUCAUCGCGCGCGACAGAAGUUUGCCGUUGCGGUCGUGCUCCUCUUUGCGCUCGUGCGCUGCUCGAUCUCCAAGUCGCUCGCGCUCGAGACCCACCGCAUGAGGUGCGUCGUCUUGUCGGCCCUCCCUGGCGGAUGGUUGGCGUCCGACGGCGUCGCGCAGUUUAUCGGCCCAAUCGCUGUCCGGUCAACGCGGCCUUUCAGUCGAUCCAGUGCGGCGGCACUGCUGCGCUCCGGGGUAUGGACACGGACUCGCAGACGCUCCCGUAUGUCGUGUGGGCUGCCGACGUCGCUGGUAUUGGCGGCCUCCGCCAGCUCUCGAUGCGCGGGGGCCUCCCGUGCUACAACCGCGUGGGUGCCCACGCACAGCUCGGAUCACUGGAAGAGCAACUGUCAGAGGUGCCGACCGGCGCGACGCUGCAGACGCCCACGGAGCGCGUGCGACUCGUGUUCGAGAGCUGUUUCGACGGUGCCCAGUGGCACUGCGUUUUGCACGGAAUGUGGCAAAGCAAUGCCGUCAGAAGACGCGAGCCCAUACGUGAGCAUCUUGCAGAAGUCGUCGGUCACGAUGAACAGCAAGAGCCAAGCGCCAGAGCGGUGGCAGUAA